AUGAUGGCUCCUCCGCCUCCCCUCCUCUCCCCCACCGCCGCCCGCCGGCACACCCCGCUGCUAACGGCGCCCUCCGCUUUGCAUCCUCCAUCCUCGGCCAGCUUCUGUCCUCCUCGCCACCGCCCACGCCGACGCCCUCGCCUCCCUCUAUCUUCUUCUGCUCCCGCCGCAGCAGACGGCGACGCCUCCACCUCCUCCUCAGCCGUGUCCGCUGCCAACCAACGGGGCUCUCCCGCUUCCUCCGUCCUCACCUUCCAGCAGGCCAUCCAGCGCCUCCAGGAGUACUGGGCCUCCGUAGGAUGCGCUGUCAUGCAGUGCAGCAACACCGAGGUCGGAGCAGGCACAAUGAAUCCGCUCACAUUUCUUAGAGUCUUAGGUCCUGAGCCAUGGAACGUCGCUUACGUGGAGCCAAGUAUAAGACCAGAUGAUAGUCGCUAUGGGGACAAUCCCAAUAGGCUUCAGCGCCAUACUCAGUUUCAGGUAAUUCUGAAGCCUGAUCCUGGAAAUUCGCAAGAUCUCUUUCUGCACAGCCUUUCAGCAAUAGGUAUCAACAUCCGUGAACAUGACAUCCGCUUUGUUGAAGACAACUGGGAGAGUCCGGUUCUUGGUGCUUGGGGACUGGGCUGGGAGGUUUGGAUGGAUGGCAUGGAAAUCACACAGUUCACAUAUUUUCAGCAGUCAGGAAGCCUUCCAUUGCAGCCGGUUUCUGUUGAAAUAACAUAUGGACUUGAGCGUAUCCUCAUGUCACUUCAGGGAGUUGAUCAUUUCAAGAAUAUACUAUACACCGAAGGAAUUACAUAUGGAGAACUGUUCCUUGAGAACGAGAAGGAGAUGAGUGCAUAUUAUUUAGAACACGCAGAUGUCAGUCACAUUCAAAAGCACUUUGACAAUUUUGAAGAAGAGGCUCGCUCUUUGUUAUCACUGGGGCUGCCAAUUCCGGCGUAUGCUUGA